CCUGAAGAGCCGGAUCCUACGAAAACAGGCUGUUCUUGCAGCUAUUUUAUAUGGUUUACAAUGGUCAAUGGUGAUCUAUUCCCUAAAAAGGGAAAGAAUGGGGGUAUAUAAUCGAAUACGGAAUGAAGCCGUGGGGAAACGCCAAGAAACACAGAUAUUCUGUGACAAGACACUUCAGCGGGUUCAGCCGUAUCCAUGUACGCAGGCUUCGGACGUCGACCGAUACUUCGAUUCUCUCCAGCUAGCUGGUCGCAUCCCUCGUUUGCGGACGGUGACCCUGACUGGGUAUUGAAAUGGUGGAAAGCAAAUGCGCCUGACUUUCCUUGCAUGGCUCAAGCGGUACGCGACUAAUAAUGAG